AUGUUUGACAAACCCAUUAUGGCUGAGAUUGAGAAAUUCAAUAAGUUGAAACUGAAGAAGACAGAAACGCAAAAGAAAAAUCCACUGAGUUCAAAAGAAACAACUGAACAGGAAAAGCAAGCAGGCAAAUCAUAAUGAGGCAUGCACAGUCAAUAUGCACUGUACAUUACACAAGCAUUGCCUUCUUAUUUUACUUUUUUCAGCUGUUUAACUUUGUAAGAUGCAAAGAGGUUGGAUCAAGUUUAAAUGACUGU